AUGUCCACCGCCGACAGCGACCAGAACUGGCGCCGCGGCAUGCGCGCGCCGCCGGCCCGGCCGCCGCGCGGCGAGAGGCGGCCCCCGAAGCCGCCGCCGCCGCCGCCCAAACCCGUGUACGUGGCGCCGCCCGCGCCCUGGCAGGGCCAGCGCCAGGCGCCCGUCGACUUCCGGAGUCUCGAAGUUGUGUCCAGACGGCCGCCGAGCCCGCCGCAGAGACCGCCGCCACAGAGCCUGCCACCGCAGAGGCCGCCGGCGAACCCGUGGGGCGCGCCUGUGAGACCAGCCGCAUCCCUAGGAGGCGACUUCCCGGCCCUACGACAAGCACCCUUGGUAUUGCGGCCUUCCGUCAUGGAGCCGAAGCCACCACCAUCCAAGAAAGGGUUCCUCAAGCCGAAGCCCCAGCGCAACUUUGUCGUGUUUGACGUCCUGGCGGCCAAGAAGAAGAAGAAGAAGCCUAUCAAGACUCCGCCGAAGCCUAAGGUCGUCAUCCAGAUGCCGCCGCCGCGACUAGCUCCGGGCAAGGUCCGCAAAAAACGUUUGUCCUCACUAAAGAAGCGCAUCUUGCUCGAACGGCAGGAGAAAUAUUAUCAAGCACACCCGGAGAUGCGUCCUGCAGCAUCAGUGAGGGAGGAGGUGCCCUGGGAGGCCUUUUCCGACGCCACUGGCUUGGAGAAGCGAUUUGUCGUAAGGGUCGAGAACGCCUGCACGGCUCCGGAGCUGGAGGACGACGAAGAGCGGGAGGAGAUCCUGCGAGAUGUCGGGGACAUCUGUUCCGCCUAUGCUUCGGUUGUAGCGGUCGAGGUCGGCGACGCUGUGACAGAUGAGUUCGUGCCCAUCGACGUGUCGUUCUCGACGGCCGACGAGGCGCACAAAGCUUUGCAGGGAUUGCAGAAGCGGGUCGUCGGUGGGAUUGCUUUGUCAGCUGAACCUCUACGCCCUCCGGCGCGGGACGCGUCGUGUGUUGUCAGAGUGUAUGACGCGCUCGAUGAAGACGAGUUCGAGGACGAGGACUGCCGCGACGAAGUCCUCGAGGACUUGUCUCGGUUAGCUUGCGUUCAUGGUGCCCUCGCGACACCACCAGAGGUAUUACCAGGAGCCUUAUCGAAGGUUAAUAGGGACGUGCGCCUGACCUUCUCGACGCCGACGCACGCCCUGAAGGCGCAGCGAGCCUUCGCCAAGACUACUAUUGGUGGUUCACAGCUCCAGUGCGACGUCGAGUGCUCUCCGAGAGAUGCGUCGGUCAUCUCAUUGUUAGAAGCUCUAUCUUCCGACGACUUAGCAGAUGAGGACGCGAAGGACGAGGCCCUUGGCGACCUCCGUCGACUCAUCGAGCAGAAGGCGUCGGGCGUGCUCGAGGUGUCCCACCAAGAACACGACGUGUUAAUAAGCUUCCCGUCGGAACGGUUGUGCAAGCUCGCCCAGAGCGCCUUGGCUGGCGUUGUCUUGGGCGGCCAGCUGCUCAAGAUGCGGUUAUUGAACGCUUCAUAUGAGGCAGUAGCGGAUCCGGCGCUCGAGGAAGAUCGAAGAAGAGCCGAGGCGGCCGUGCGCGAGGCUAUUGAAGCGCAGAAGCUGCUCAUCAAAAACAAGCGCGGCGAGGUCGUGCGUCUGCCGCGCAAAUAUGCCGCGGCUAGGGACCUGCCGAAGCCAGCUAGGGACGAGACGUCGCGGGACUACGCGUCGCAUCCCCGAGAUGGUUUAUUAGAUAACGCCUGCGCCGCACUAGUGUCGAAGCUCUUCGAAUUCCAGGAAAGGGCUCGGCUGCGGGAUCCUACCAAGGCGAAGAUGAGGAGACGAGUGGUCUUCGGACUCAGGGAGGUGAGACGGGGCGUGCGCGCUCAGCAAGUGAAGUGCCUCAUCGUGGCGCCCAACGUCAGUGACGGUGAAGAGUUACAGAGGCAGAUCACCGAGAUUUUAGAUGGUGCCGCCGCGGCCAAAAUUCCCGUCGCGUUCGCGCUCGGGAAAAGGAGACUAGGCAAGGCCCUGCGCAAACAAUCGUGUUCAGUACUGGCCAUCUACUCCGACGACGGCGCCGUGGACGAAUAUAGGGCCGUCAUCAAGCGGCUGGACGAGAUACUGUUAGAUCCGUCCAAAGCCAUCCCCCCGGGCGAGCCGCAGCGCGAGAAGAAGAAGAAGAAAGUUUCAACGCCUCCGGUGGAGGUGGCCGAGGCCUCGGCCGUGCGGCUGGCGAUGCCUGUGCCGGCGGCGGCAAAAUUCGGAGCGCUCGCCGCAGAUGCACCAGUCUUCAUUCCCGGGGCGUGGGGCGGGCCGUAGUUUUCUAACAAGUGUGUUGUGUG